AUGCCCUGUUGGAAGUUAUUAGUCGGUGAUCCGUACAGCCCCAACGCCUACCUAGUUUCAGAGCUGCUUCUUGCAUUCUAUCAUUCUUUUACUGAUAUCAUUAUUGUCCAUCACUUGACCAAACGGCUACCAUCAAACGAAAGCGGCAGAAUGGGAUAUUACUUUUACUUUCUUGCCUUGCUUGUUGGUAUUUGCGGCACUGCCCUCUAUCUCACUCGGUCUCGAUGGCUACCACUUCUUCCCGUUCCUGACUAUAUUUAUCACCGUUUACCGUCCAGUUUCACUGGUGAUUUAGCGGCGGGACUCACAUCAUCCGAGUUCGACAUUUCAAAUAAUAUCGAGAGUGGUGAUCAAAGAGCCGGCCUGGACGCCCGCGGCAAGCGCGAAGUCUUAAAUAUCAUGAGACGUCAGAGGCUCGAUUUCGACGAAGCACGCCGGGUCUAUACUGAGCAGCGAUUCGCUAAGAACAACAUCGGUCCUGAUGGCCGGCCCAGGGAUCCGAAAUUUGUGUCAUUUUCGUGA